AUGGCGUACCGGGUGCUGGAGGUGACGCUGAUCUCGGCCAAGGACCUGAAGAAGGUGACGCUGUUCUCCAAGAUGCGCGUGUACGCGGUGGUGUCCAUCUCCGGCGGCGACCCGAGGACGCCGACGCACAGGACGCACUCGGACCGGCACGGCGGCCGGAACCCCAUGUGGCACGCGCCGCUGCGGUUCCCCAUCCCGACCGCCGCCGACCCGCGGGGGCUGGCGCUGCACGUGCUCCUCCGCGCCGAGCGCUCCUUCGGCGACCGCGACGUCGGCGAGGUGGUGGUGCCGGUGCAGGACCUCGUCGCCGUCGCACCACCCGCCGGCGAGCACCGGCACCUCAGCUACCAGGUGCGCAGCCCGAUGAGCGGGCGGAAGCGCGGCGUGCUCCACAUCUCCUACAGCCUCUCCGACGCGCCUGCGCCGACGGCGGCGGCGCCGGGCGACGGGCAGUACAUGCAGACGAACGCGGCGGCCAAGGCCGGCGCCGACCGGGUGACCGCGUACCCGCCGUACCACCACCAGCAGCACGCCGUGCCGCCCUACGGCUACAACCCCCCGUACGGGUACGCGGGGGCGUCGUACGGCUACGGCCCCGCCGCGGCCGCUCCCUACGGGUACGGCGCGUCGUCCGCCGCGGCGGCCAGGCAAGACGGAGGCGUCGGGAUGGGCUCCGGGUUCGGGAUGGGGCUCCUCGGCGCGGCGGUCGGCGGGAUGAUGAUGGGCCUCGGCGAGGGCGUGGGCGAGAUCAUCGCCGACUCGGACAUGAGCCUGGACGGCUGCUUCUGA